AUAAUUAACAAUAAAAAAAGAAGUCUGCUGUAACUUUAUGAAAAGUAUCAUAAAAGUAUUAAACAAUUUUAGUGCAGUUAAUUGAUUCAGUAUUAUUUUAAAAUUAUAUAAUGUGUUAUUUCAGAAAUAUAACUUGCUUUAAAGAAAAUAGUUUUACAGGAAGAAUAAUUUAGCAACAAAAUUUAGUUAAGUUAGAAACAAAGAUAAUGUCUAUUAAGUAUGCCACAAUUUUUGGAAUUUCUACAUUUCUCAUUUAAUUUAUCAAAUAGUAAUCAUGGCAGAAGCAAACAUUCGUCACUUUGGAAAUUCACUGUUUCGAGAAAUACAUAAAAAUACUUGGUUAACCAAAAUACCUUCUAAAGAUCCAAAAAAGAAAAAACGUGUGUGGACUGUCUUUUGUGUACAUGAUGAUACUGAAGUAUUUUUGGAAACAUAUUUUGACAAUAAAUCGGCAAUUUCACAUAAGCCUGAGUGGUUCAUAUGUUUAAACAAUACAAAACAUGUUUCCCCUACUAUAUGUGCUCAUGAGCAGGAAUAUGAAUUUGUGAUAACUCUAAGUACUGAUGUUGUAAGACUGGCAGCACCAACAAGAGAACUCAUGCUAGACUGGGUUGAAAGUUUACGUGCUAAAUUAUAUGAAUUAAAAAUUUUAAGUCCAAGAGAAAAUAUUUAUAGUAAACUACCAGAAUCUCGUACUAAUCCACUAUUACCUACAAGGGAUCCUACAUCUCCCCUUCCACCUCCUCCAUCUAUUCCUCCAACAGUACCUCCUGGAGUUGAACCAUUGAUCUCUUCAGAAUUUCAGAACGAAGACAGACCUGAAACAAAUCAAACACCUUUAUUACUUACAAAUAAUCACAGGUCACUGCAAAGGGGCAUUUCUUUGCCUGAAGGAACAAAUGUUUCUGAUCAAAAUAUCAGUGAAGCAGUUGUUGAAAGAAAUGAAGAAAAUGUAACAAUUAUUCAAGUUGAAGGAAAUUCUACAUCAGAAAAUGAUAUUUUCAAUUUUGAUUUAAACAAUUUAAAUGUAAGUUCUUCCACUAAUGCGUCUAUAUGUCCAGGUUCUGCACCCCCUCCAGAUGCUAGAAAUACUUACUAUGAAAGAUUGUUUAAUAAUCAGCAACCAGGUCCUUCUAACAGAGCUGUACUUGUGCAAAGAUCUAACAGUUCCCCAAGAAGAUUACAGCCAGCCCCACAGCCUUAUCGUACUCUUAGAGAACAACAAGUACUGCAACUUCAAAAGGAAAUGAAACAUCCUGCAGGUGUGAGGCUGCAAUUAAGAAGAAAGGAUUGCAUAAAUUCUAUUGCUUUGGCAGAUGCUAUGGGGCAUGUCUGGGUGUGUGGUUGGAAACAAAAGGAGCAUCCAAUGCUUUACAAUGCAUUACACAUUGGAGAUCAGCUUCUUAAUAUUGAAGGCAUAUCAAUUCAAAAUGUCAAUGAUGCCAAUAAAAUACUAAGGUCAAUUUGUAGUUUAUAUGUAAAUGUGAUUAUUAAAAGAGUACCCUUUGGACAAGUGUUAGUAAUACGAAGGGAUUUCGAUGGGCAGUCUUUGGGUAUAAUUCAAGAAGGUUCAACUGCAGUCAUUCAAACGGUCGAAAACGGCAGUCUGGCUGCAAAACAUGGAUUGUCUGCAAAAGCGAGGACAUGUGACGGACUAUCGUUUACUAAUUGGGUUUUAACCGAAAUAAAUGGUCGACCAUUAAAUUUAUUUUUUAAAGAUAAUCAAGUCAGGGAUCGCCUUAAUUCAGUCGGACGUGAUAUUUCGAUUCUAGUGCAACCGUUAGAUUUAAUUAAGCAGCUUAAGAAGCAAAUGAAGUCUUUACGGAAUUAUAAAGAUUACCUUCUACAAUAAGUGCAAAUAAUAGACUUAAGGCAGUUAUCAAAAUUUGUAUCUUAUUUGUACUUGUGCAACUAGUAUUCAAGAAUUUAAAAACUGUGAUUUAUAUUUUUUUAGUAAACUUUUACUUACUAACCAUUA